AUGGCGGCAAACUUCAGUGCAAUGGGCAUCGGCGAGAAGACUACAGACCAGGACAACCGCUCGGACGACGAGGGCGCGGGCGGCGACGGCGGCGGCGGCGGAGGCGCCGAAGAAGGUCGCCUUCGCAGCGCAGGGUACUGGUGCCCGAAGCUGGACACCAAAAUGGCGCCCGGUGUGGCCAGAACCAUGGCCCGGAGUACAUCGAUCGUGUUCGCGGUGCUGCUGCUUGUUGUAUGCAUUCUGAAGGAGGUACUGGCGGCCAAAAAUUAUACGCUCAAACCACGAGUAGUACUGCCAGAAGACUAUGUGAAAGAGGUUCGGCCACCGUCGGAAAAGGGCAGCCCGGUCGUGGUAGAGUUCAGUAUAUUCGUGGUAGAUAUCAAUUCCAUAAAUGUCGAGGAUAUGGACUUUAGAGUAGAUAUGUUCGUGCACCAGAAGUGGGUCGAGUCGCGGCUGGAUCUGCACGACGACAUUUUCGAGGACGGCGACGACCACGUGAUACUUCCGCCGGAGUUUUUCGAUAACCUAUGGCAACCGGAUCCGUACUUUCUCAACUCGAAGAUUUCAGGUCAAACAUUUAUUAAUGAAGGUAUGAAUAGGGUGUUGUGUGGCAAGCUCAGUUGCAUGAGAUCCAUGCGGCAACAAGAAAUCGCCACCCUCACGCAUAAGUUCUCCUCGGUGACGCUGUACAAAAACUCCACCGUCCGGUACGCGUGCAUGAUGCACGCCAUCAUCGCCUGCCAGAUGGAGUUCCAGCUCUACCCGAUGGACAUCCAGAUCUGCCCGAUCUACAUCGAGAGCUUCUCCUACCACAACCAGAAGAUCCGGCUCAAGUGGGCGGACAACGGUGUGACGAUCAACCCCGAGCUGAAGCUGCUCCAGUACAACCUCGGCCGGCCGCUCCAGCUGGAGGAAACGGAUGGCUACAUGCCGGAGAAGUAUGGUAAUUUUUCCCGGUUGGCUGUGUACUUCCGGUUCGAGCGACAGAUAGGGCACCAUCUCAUACAAACGUUCGCACCGUCCUCGCUCGUGGUGAUGCUGUCCUGGUUUAGCUUCUGGCUCGGGCUGGACGCGAUCCCGGGACGCGUCACGCUGCUCGUAACGUGCAUGCUGACGCUCGUAACGAUGUUCACCGGGAUGCGGGCGGACAUUCCACCGGUGGCGUAUGUCAAGGCCCUCGACCUAUGGAUGGCCGGCUGCAUGCUGUUCGUGUUCUCGGCCCUCGGCGAGUUCGUGGUCGUGAAGGUGCUCGACGUGCAGUACCAGUACCAGGUGAACAAGGUGCCGAAGGUACUGCCGAUGCGCAUCAGUGCGAUGGAGAAGGGACAGAGCAUCGGCACGGUCGCGAACUGGGAAGGUGGAACGGUAAGCGUGCGGCCCCGGAAACCGACCCAGACGCCCACCACACCCGGGCAGGUUUCGCUACAGGGGAACGGUGGUCCACAGCCUCCACUUCCUCCUGCCAAGCAGCCGACGCGCCGGCAGAGCAUCCUAUCCGUAGCCUGGACCGACACCGACACCGGCAUCGAGAAGAUCAUGUGGCGCGAAAUCGACAAGAUGUCGCGCAUCGUCUUUCCCGGCCUGUUUCUCGUCUUCGUCGUGCUCUACUGGCCGAUACUAAUCUUCAAGACCUCCUAA